AACCAUUGAGAGUCUAAUUUCUCAAAUCAAAACUUACUGCUCUCUUCUCAUCUCACUCUCCCAUCACACUCUCUCGUUUUUCAUCUGCGCAGCACUGAGAGCACCGAUCGACCUUCGCAAUCGACUCUCUCUCUUCUUCAACUCUCAGUAAGAAAAGCCAGUUUCUGCAGACGACGGAGGAGACAAUGGAGAAACACGAGAAGACGAACAAAAUGGGAAUAGUGGAUAAGUGGUUGAAGAAGCACAGUGUGGCUUACAGUGGAGCCACCAGACACCCUUUCAUCCACUCCAUCCGCCAUGGCACCGUUGACCUCUCUUCCUUCAAGCGCUGGCUGGGACAAGAUUAUGUAUUUGUUAGGGCAUCUGUGCCUUUUGUGGCAAGUGUGUUGUUGAAAGCUUGGAAGGAGUCGGAUGAUAGUUCUGAUGUGGAAGUUAUACUGGGUGGUGUGGCUGCCUUCAAUGAUGAGCUUGCCUGGUUCAAGAAAGAAGCAUCCAAGUGGGAUGUUUCGCUAUCCGACGUUGUUCCUCUCAAUGCAAAUCUUCGUUACUGCAGCUUUCUGGAGAGCCUGAUGAGCUCUGACAUUGAAUAUACUGUGGCCAUCACGGCAUUUUGGGCCUGUGAAACUGUCUACCAAGAUAGUUUUGCUCACUGUUUGGAAGACAACUCUAACACUCCAGAAGAGCUAAGGGAAACCUGUGAAAGAUGGGGCAAUGAUGGUUUCGGUCAGUAUUGUCUUUCUCUCCGAGAAAUAGCUAAUCGUCUUCUAGAUAAGGCACCGGCUGAUGUAGUCUCAAAGGCUGAGGUAGUUUUUCUUCGUGUUCUUGAAUAUGAAGUUGAAUUUUGGAACAUGAGCCAUGCAGAAACUUCAGGACUCACACUCUGAUCAGAAAUCUAAUAUGUACACAGUUAUGCCUAUUGUUCUUGUGCAUUAAGUCCCAUUAGUACACUUUAUGGUUUGUGUCUGUGCAUUUCUGCUACUUUUUUCGUUAUUGGGUGGGGGGUUGAAGCCUGUAUUAUUUGUGUUUACAUGAAAUAAAUAAAAUUGCAUGUUUUCUCCAAGUUGUAAGCAAUACUUAUAAGUUCAACAUUGAAGCAGUGUUCAUUUUAAGAUUA